GCUCUCUUUCACACAGACUCUUUGUAUUUUUCUGCAGAGGAGAGCUUGGAGUAAACCACAGGUCUGCCCAUCUGAUCAUUCAAAUGAGUUUGAACUGUAUUUGAGAAACUGUGUUUACCUUAUAGUGACUAAGCUGACAAAGGAAUAAUAUGGACUGUUAAACUUCAAAAUUAUUGACCAAUUUACUGUACUGUAAGUGUUUCCAUUUGGAUAUAUAGACACAGGUGCUGCAUCCUGACCCCGCCCCGAUACAGACAUACACCAUGCACCCGUCUCCAAAGCUCAAAUGAAGCAUGCAGCUGCUGCAGCUCAGCUUUUUAUUUUUUUCCCCAUCUUAUUUUGGUUUUUGAGGUUAACUUUAAACUGCUUGUCAGUCAUAAACACUCAGCAUUGUGCAUAUCAAACACUGCAGCUAAUGUGAUAAUGGCAUUAGCAAAUGAACUUAACAUCUUAUAUGUGCACUUUGAAGAAAACAUAUAAAAAACAUGUAACAGUAUUACAGAGAAGUCAACUGCAGAACUGGAGAAGCGGAUCACCGAUGGAAGAUGCUACUGGAAAUGUCUCCAGAACCCCUGCAACAACUGUGGUGGCAGUCACUUCCAUGACCUCCAUGGUAUCUCCUACAGUCACACCACCAUCCCUCUACUAGGUGCCUCAGAGAGAGAAUUUACUUAACACCUUCCAUCGCAUCUGGCGAGUGUUCCUGACAGUGGUCCUAGUCCUGUAACCGUAACUUCAAGUCACUGGAGUCAUUUGCAAUACUGGAUGAUGGAAUGCAGUAGACUACUAACUACUCCUAACUAACUCAUUAAACACCAGUUUAAUAGUGAAUGUGAGGUCUUCACCCUCCCUAUUAUGCGACCAGAUAUCAUCCACCUUAAUGGAUCCAAGGUCAACUCUGAAAUCUUCCCCAAAAGCAGCCAUCGAAAGCACUACCAAGUACAAGGAGCAUUCACUGCUUCAUGUCUGGACUUGGUGGAACAGACAUACCCAGUGCAGGCACUUCAGAGAUGGUACACCCAUCCACAAGGUGUCCCACUGUAGCCAUUCACCAGUGUAUCCCCACUGGUGUUAACAGGGUCAGAUCCCAUUCACCCCAUCACAGCUAUGAAUUAUCUGUUAGCAACAAUCCUGACUCACUAAUGUUUAUGAUACCAGACUAGUUUAGCUGCUACAUAUCAGUACUUUACAAGGAGUAGUGCCAACCUAAUUAGUUCAGUAACACGUUGUCAGGGUACAAUACUGGGCUCCUGGGAAUGAAACACUAACUCUAACAGGAAAAGGAUACUAGACAGAUGUUAUGUAAGAUAAAGCUGUGAAGCCUGACUUUCACUUUCUGUUACGUCUGGGAAAGCAACACGUGUUUUAUGGGAAAAGGGGACCAAACAGGCACCAUGUAAGAUAAGUAGCAGAGUCUUGUGAUUACUGUGACUUUAAGUUUUUCUUACAUGCUCUUACAUUAAUUACUGGCGAAGUUCAACACGGUAGUUAAACAACUCAGUUCAGUAUAAACUGUAUUAGUUUAGUAAGACAUUGGACCAUUGUUGACUAUUUAGGGAAAAGGGAAUAGAACCUUGGCUGAAGUAAUUACUAACUGAUCUUGGAUAUGGGGAGUGAACAAAGUCUUCUGACGGAGCAUGGCUACACAUUUCUGAAAGAAGUUGGAAUCAAAAAUACUGGGACUGCAGCUCUGGUGAAUAAAAAUGAGAGAAAGUACAUCGUCAAGACUAUUAGCAUGACAAACAUGGACGAUGAAAUCAAGCAGAGAACACAGAGGGAAGUGGCCAGUCUGGCAGACAUGGACCAUCCUCACAUUGUCCGCUAUAUGGAGUCCUUUACUGACGAGAACAGCAACUAUUACAUAGCCAUGGAUUACUGUGAAGGUGGAGAUCUCUCUGAAAAGAUUAAAGCCCAAAAAAUUAAAGGUGCUCCAUUCUCAGAAGACCAGAUCCUGGACUGGUUUGUGCAGAUCUGCUUGGCCCUGAAAUAUGUGCAUGACAGGAAUAUUGUACACAGAAACAUAAAGCCUCAGAAUAUCUUUUUGGCCAAAGAAAAAGCCAUCAAGCUGGGAGACUUUGGAGUGUCUAAAGUCCUACACCGAAAAGAUGAAUAUGCAAAUAUCAAGUUAGAAACACCUGUUUAUAUUGCACCAGAUCUGUGGAAAAGCAAAUGUUUUAAUAAGCAAAGUGACAUCUGGGCUUUGGGCUGUGUGCUGUAUGAACUCUGCACACUCGAAUUUGCUUUUUCACUACAGCAAAAUCUUCUCUUCAUGUUCGAGUUAUGGAAAAGUCCACCAACAAGAGUUUCGGAGAAUUUCUCAGCUGAGCUGCGCCAUCUGGUGGAUGAACUCCUUCAUAAGGACCCGGCACGCAGACCCAACAUUGACGGCAUACUAAAGAAAACCAUCAUAGCUAAACGGAUACCCAAACAGUUCUUAUUCAUGGAAGAAGUCUUAGUAGUUCCUACAACUUUUCUGCUAGAAGAACCACUAGAUGACAUUUACUCUUCAGGUAACUGGGACUGGAACGAUCAGAAAAUGCCCUGUAUCCUUAAAAAUGAUAAACAGUUGGAAGACGGAUGGAUGAAUACCCAGGAAAUGUCCUUUGACAGCAAUCUGAGAUACAUGAUGUCUCAGCUCAAUCAAGAUAUUGACACAUUUAAAAAUCUCUAUGACCGAGAUGUUGGUGAUAUCCUGAGUGUAGUGAAGAAACUGGAGAUGACUGCAGAGGGUCUGGAACGCGUCCACUUCCGUACCACCGUAGGGAGCCUGACAGGGGGGGUGGUAGGUGCUGCAGGGGGGGUCACCUCCAUAGUUGGGCUCAUUCUGGCACCCUUCACUCUGGGAGCCUCUCUGAUUGUCACUGGUGUGGGGAUUGGUGUUGCUGUAGCUGGAGGGGCAACUAGUGCCGUUUCCAAUAUCACCAACAUGGUGAACCAGUCAAUGGACCGUAAGACUAUUGAGGAAACCAUCAGUGAAUACCGGGACAAGAUGGAACCCAUCCUAAUGAGUGUGGAAGACAUCAUCACAGGCAUUCAUACCGUAAAGGAGCAUGAGAGCUACACAAAUGUUGCUAAUAUGGCACAGGCUGCAUUUAGAGCAGGGAGGGGCCUGGGUGGCAUUGCAGAGCUUGUCCGUCUGACGCAGGUGAUUAACGUCGGUAAGGUGGCUACUCAAGCAGCCAGAGCUGUACGGGUGGCAGAGGCCUUCACAGGGGUGCUGUCUGCUCUCUUCAUUGCCCUCGAUGUCUAUUUCAUUGUUAAGGAUGCCAAAGAGAUCCACAACAUAAGACAAGGAUCUCAACAGCAAGAUGAAAUAAAAUCAGCCACAAUGAAGCUUGUAGCUAAUAUCAGGGAGAUGGUUUCUAGCUUUAAGGAGAAGCUGGGUGAGCUGGAAUGUAUACGGGCAGAGCUGGAAACUUUAGAUCAGAGCUGGAGAGAAUCCGACAUGCAGGCCAUGUCUGGCCCGCAUUAAAAUAAAAAAUAUUUUUCAAAGGCUGAAGUUUUAUGUAGAAGUCUAUAAAUGAUUAUAUCUCUAAGCAUGAAUAUAUCUUUCUGUGAAUUCAUAAUAUAUCAAUAUAAAGAAGCAGUAGUUCAAUUAAUUUUUGCAUUUAUUUUCAAAAAAUGAAAAUGUAAGAAGUAUAUUAUUGUAGUUUUCAUUGGACAUUUAAAUCAUUUUAAAAAUACCCCCUGCAGACAAUUUGAAGCUUGCAUUUGGCCCUCCAAAGAAAAUAACUGGCCAAGCCUGCUUUUGAUUUAAGAAAGUAAUUUGUGUUUUCAGAAAUAGUCCUGUUUGAUAUUUCAUAUUCAUAUUUUUGUGAAUGCAAAAUAAAAUUAUGUUUCCCUUCAUUAAUAAUAAAUUUUAAUAAAUUUUUCCACAAAUGUGUAAAUAUACUAUUCAUUUAUUCUUAUUCUUUUUAUUUCUUUUCUAUGGCAUUUUACAAAAUGGUGUGAGGGCAGCAUAUACCUGUAGCUGUGUGUGCAAGUAUCAAUUAGAGAUUAUAAAAUGUAAAUGUAACUUUUAGAGACAAUGUACUGGUCCCAGUUUUCUGCAUAUAACCUGAAAUACUGUGCAAAGUGAAAUUCCAGUUGAACUGGGAGGGGGGCAUUCUGGGAGGGCUGUCAAUGUCUUAGGCUUUAAGCAAGAACACUGUGUGUAUGUGUGUGUGUGUUUUUGUGUGUGUGUCUUUCGCUGACCCUGAACCUGGAAGCUGAAACCACCUGUGUGUGAAGAUAAUCGGAGGCUCCAUUGCCUUGCUGAGAGAACGAGGGGUAUUACACAGGCUGGUCAAUGUCACAGAGGAAGAUAACAGGGGAGCAGCUGGAAAUAGAGAAACAGACAUAUAUUCAUAUGUAGCCUUAUAUGUGUGCUGUGUUUAAACUGAUUUGCUUGAUUGCAUGGAAUGGAUUAAAUAGAAAUAUGUGAAGGGGUAGAAAAAGUGGGAUGCAGCUGGUAGCGACUGGCUGUCUGUCCCUGGGCCUGGAGGAAUGUGGAGGUGCAUGAGGUCAUCACCUCUGAGGUCAUCACGCUUUCCAUCUUAACCAAUGGGGUAGAAGAUUCCCUUUUAGGGGAGUCACAGAAAUGUAUAAGAACUAAACCUUUCUGUUGUUUGGGGGGGUCACUUCUUUGGAACGGAAAUACUUUUUCUUUGAUGUCAACUCUAGGCGCAACCUGCUUUAAUAAAGAAAUUUUAUCUUAAGUCAUGUCAGGUAAAUUUACUUUGUACUGCACCUGAUGUCAAACAGAAUUUAAAGAAAGAAAAGCGAGUACAGGUUUUUUACUUAAU